UGAAAAAAUCUGAGAACGUAAGCCUAAUGCACAAAAAUAUGCAUUACGUUUAAUACAUUUCCAUGAAUUUUGUUACUGACACCACAAUCUACUCCUGUAAAACAUCUUGUUUAUUUUAAAUCCAUUGCAUUCUUCAUUUACAUUGUAAAACAACUGGUAAACAACUGGCUUGGAGGCGGAGAAAGAUAGAAGGGGAGGAACAAAAUCACCUUGGCUUUUAGCCUAUGUUCAAGUAACGACAACGGCUAUAGACAAUGAUUUCGCAAUGAUGUGCACAGUGAGACUGCUCGUUCUUUUAAUUUAUUAUGGUCCAAUAGCUUCCUUAGAGAGUGAAAAAGGGAGAUUAACAGCACAAGUUGGACAGGCUGUUCUCCUUCAGCCUGAAAUCCCGAAUCUGAAGACUAAUGAUCAGUUUCUGUGGAGGUUUCAUUCAAAUAGCAGACCUGUAAAGUCAAUUAUCGUUCAGAGUCAGGUGUUGAAAGAUGAAGUUCAUACAGAAUAUAAAGGGAGAUUCAAAGACAGCCUGCUGCUGGACAGAAACACUGGAUCUCUCACCAUCAGAAACAUCACCACCAGCCAGUCUGGACUAUACCACCUUCAAAUAAUGGGUGAUGAAAAUGUCUCAGAUUGGUAUUUUAACUGUUCUGUGUAUGCUCCUGUCUCAACACCUAACAUCACCAGUAGAAGAAAUUCUCACCCCAACACAAGGAUUACCACUGGCCCUAUGGGCCGUUCUCUGUCAGGGUCGGAGUCCCAGUCCAGCUCCAGCUGUCAGGUGUUGUGUUCUGUGAAGAAUGACAGAGAGGUGUCCCUGUCCUGGUUCAGAGGGGAUGCGAUUCUCAACCAAACAAGCAGCCCUGAUGCCAACAUCACCCUGUCCCUCCUUCUGGAUAUAGAUAACCAGGAGGACAACGUCACUUACAGAUGUGUGUCUGCUAAUCCUGUCAGCAAUUACACCACUCAGCUCAACAUCCAUGCAGUUUGUAAGAAUCAAAAAGAUCUUUCAGUCCGCAAACUGUAUCUUUUCGUACCAUUCAGCCUUUGUGUUACAAUUGUAAUUGUGGCCUUAGCAAUAUAUUUGAAGAAGAAAAAAGAAGAUAGUAAUAGAAGGUGUGCAGAUCAGACAGUUGAAGAGCCACACUAUGCUGAUUUGAAACACCGUGGACAUACAAAGGAUGUCAGGAUACAGGAGACAGAACAAACCUUUGAAACAAUAUAUGCAGGUGUUGUGACAUGAGAUUAAUGUAUUGUACAUACUGUAUGUUUUGUUAUCUCUGAAAUAUCAAUAAAUUAUUCACUUUC